CUGCAACCCAACCAAGAUGCGUGGGUACAUCAGCAUGUGUGAGCGAUGGCUAGCGUGUUUCAUCGUUCUCUCCUUGAUCUCCAUCAACGUGGUUCGGAUCCUCGUCGAGAGUGCGCACGAGCCCACCAAUGGGUCGCCAAGGAGGAGGAGGCCAAGUACAAGGCCGCCAAAGACGCCUACGAGCUGGCCAGACGCAAGCUCGCGAACUUCAACGGGCCCCUCUCCCACCUCAACCGCCAGGCGCGCGAUCCGGCGGCUGAGCAGCCGCACCUUCGUGCGGCGGCUCUGAAUGCCGCGCAGGAGGAGCACGACAGGCUCUUCACCGACGAGAAGCUCGCAAAAAGGGAGAUGGAAAGUUCUUUGCUCCCAGAUUUCUUGCGGGUUUGCAACAGCAGGUUUCUAUUACUCCAAGCAGAUAGAGUCGCGCUGUGCUCUCGGUCCGCUUGAUAUCUUUGCUUUCGUGUUGAUUGGAGUCGUUUCACUGCCGUACCAUUUGUUCCUUUUCUGGGUUUCUCUGCGCGGGAACUAAUGAUGUCGAUGAUGAGUUUCAAAGCGGUUGGUUUGUUAGGCUAGGUCUUCAAAGCUGAUGUCCCCGUGGCAAGAUCAGCAUUUGUAGUAGUUUAAGAAGAUUCCGUCUGUGCUAG